UUGGAUGCAAGGAUUGGGAAUGUAGAGAAGUCGAAGAAAAUGUUGGAGGAAACACUCAAAUGGAGGUCAAGUUAUAAGCCUGAGGAAAUCAGCUGGCCUGAAGUUGCAGUCGAAGGCGAGACUGGAAAAGUUUAUAGAGCUAAUUUUCAUGACCGUCAUGGGAAGACUGUUCUAAUUUUGAGACCAGCAAUGCAGAACACAAUGUCAUUGGAUAAUAACAUCAAGCACUUGGUGUAUCUUAUAGAGAAUGUUGUCUUUAACCUUCCAGAGGGUCAGGAACAAAUGGUUUGGUUGAUAGACUUUACCGGGUGGACACUGAAUACAUCGGUGCCUGUUAAAUCAGCACGCGAUACCAUCAAUAUUUUACAGAACCACUACCCUGAGAGGCUAGCAGUGGCAUUUCUCUACAACCCUCCACGGAUUUUUGAAGCAUUUUGGAAGGUAUGAGCCUCAUUCGUCUUAGAUGCUAAUUUCCAUAGCUCCAGUGAAAAUGAAAUGCAAUAAGAAUUAAUGAUUGUUUAGAGCCAGCUAACCCUGGAAAGUUUCUUACAUGCUCCCAAAAAAACAUAUGUUAAGAUGAACACAGUGCCUAAAUGUGCUGUUGUGAACACUUAACAAUACUGAAAAAAAUGAUAUUUACCUCCAUGAAUUGCGACUUUGUGUGUUUCCAAUAUCUACUUAUAUAAGUAAUAAGUUUGCUAAUUACU